GGCUGUGACAUCACAGAGGAUGGGUCACAGUGAAAUCUGUCCCUAAGGACAACACUGGGCAGCCCCAUUGCAGCUGGACUGGGGUGAUUCAUGUGUGCACAUGCACGGGGAAGGCUGGGGUGGAUAGGGGACUGGACAGAUGCCCAGGGGGGUUCCUAACCCUGAGUGAGGGCUGAGCCCUUCAGAGCAGGGCAAGGUUCUGCCCGUGGGGCUGGGGACAGUGGGAUUUGGGGAUCCCUGUGCUGGCUUUUGGGCCUGUCCCUGCUUUGCCAAGAGACCCCCUGGAACCUCCUGCAGUGGGUUUGGACUUGGUGCAGCGAUGCCCAGAACCCACUGAGCAGGGGUAGCGUUGAAGUCUGGGGCUUGUCAGCUCUGGUGGCUCUGACAUUACAAAGAACAAGUGACAGUGGGAGCCAUCCCCAGGGACAACACCAGACAAUCCCCCUGUAGCUGGACUUGGGCAAUUGGCCAUGGCUGCAGCAACCACGCUCUUGGUGGCUGUGCUGGCCAUUCUGCUCAAGCAGACGCAAGAUCUGCGGAUCGAUGUGGCCACAGGCCAGCAGAUGCAGCAGCGUAAGAAGUUUCUGCACCAGGAGAUGUUGCAGCUGCUACAGGAGAUUGGGUGGACCAGGUCCCCACAAGAAGCUCCACUCCUCUCUGGGUUGCAGAUCUGUCUCUUCUGGGCUGCUGCAGUAACCAUGUUGGUGGAGGUCUGCUGGCUGGCCUGGCAAAUUAAGUUUACAACUUGCACCUGCUAUAAGCAGGACACCUCUGGCAGCAAGGAGGAAGAUGAUGAAGAGGAGGAAACCCUCAAAGGACAACGCCACAGUGUGAGGUUGUUUUCUGUGCCCAACAUAUUUUCAAUGCAGGAACUAUCUGACAUGUGCAGGGAUGUGAAGAAGAUGAUGCAUGAUGUCCUCCGUGUCUGCCAAAUGCUUUCCAAGGACACUUUCAUGCCAGAGAUGCACCCAGCGACUGGGAAGAAUGGCAUCCAUGAAUCCUGGGGUAUCUUUGAGGAGCGACUCUUGUACCAGCUGCUCGUGUUCCUGCAGCCACCCCCCGGGCACUUUUUCAAGCUGGAGCUGUAUGGUGGGACACAUCUGCCAGAGAGGUGCUCCAACAUCCGUGUGGUGCUGGAGUGCACCUGCUUGAGGAAAAUGGGGAAUAUUCCAUGUUUUAUCCACCACUCCAAGACCAACGAGACGGGCCAGCACUCACCCCUGCUGCAGAACCUCUGCACAGGCUCCUACCUAGACGUGGAGGAAAUCGCCUGCUGGGUGCAGAACUUGGUGCAGACAGCCUGGGAGCAUCUGCCCCAGUGGCAGGACUGGCAGCUCACGGUGCUGCCCAGCUCCCACUCCUGCCGGCUGCUGCUGAACGGCCCCUCAGAGCUGCAGCUCUGUGCUGUGCUGGUGUUUGCCGUGGAGCAGGGCAGCCCAGGCACCUUCCUGGUCCUUCAGUAGGAGUGGCCAGCGUUCCCAGGGGCUGCCUUGGGCUGGGGCUGGCUGGGGAAUUGGGAGUAGACACAGACAGACAGCUGAGCUCGGCUGCCCAAAGGGAUCUGCUGGACUAUAGAACAUGAGCUCAGAAUAUUAAAAGGGGAGGGAGACGGAAGAUGAAUGGGACACAUUUGGAGUUAAGGAAUUUAUCUUCCCAAAUCACCAUGGAGCCCAUCUUUCCUGGAGAUGGGUGAACACCUGCCAGCCCAUGGGAAGACAAAUGUCAUAACUUCAUACAUCUCCUCAGAAUUACAGAGUCAGACAGGUUGGAAAAGACCUCUGGGGUCUUUGAGUCCAUCCUGUGACCCAACACUACCAUGGCACUAAGCGUCAUAUCCAGUCUUUCAGGAAGAGUGUUAAAUGCCUCAGCCUUUUCCUUACUUUUGAUGACUGUAUUCUCUCCUGGGUCCAGUAAGGAAUGGAGGUUUUCCAUGACCCUCCUACUGCCAUUAAUGUAUUCAUAAAACAACUUUUUAUUAUCCUCGACAAAAGUGGCCAAAUAAGUUCUGAGCUUUUGCCUCCCUAGUUUUCUUCCUACAUGACCUAAAGACAUCCAUAAACACUUCCUGAGCUGCCUGCCCCUUUUUCCAGAGCUGAUUCCCCUGGUGGGCUCAUCAGCUGUGCCAGGAAGUGAAGUUUUCAGCGACAAACUCCAGGGCUCUCCCAGGCUGCCCCUGCUGUGUUGAGUUUCCAGCAGACAUCCAGCAGGUUCCUCCUUCUUCUUUCUCCCUCUUUAUGAGCGGAUUCUGGUGGAAUAUGUCACGGAAUAUCCCUUUGGGGUGCCCUAACCCUAACCUUGGGCUCAGCUGUGCUGUCUGUGUCUACUCCCAACUGCCCAAGUACCCUCUUGUGGUUCCAGCCCAAGCCAGCAACUAACACCACACAGCCCUUACUCAAAACCCUCCUCUUCCCCCCACCUUGGUGGAGUGGGGAGGAGAAUCUAAAGUAAAACUUACAAGUUUAGAGAAGUUUAAAAAUUAAUCAUUUAGAGAAGCUUAGUAACUGCAAACAAAGUCAAAUACUGCAAUAGUGGUAAAUAAUAAUAGUAUUGAUAAUGCAACUGAAGAGAAAAAACCCCAAACAAACGUGAUGCACAAUACAAGAGCUCACUACCUACUGACCAACAAUGCCAGAGCUGCCUUUCUGAACCAGAUCAUGCCCUGUUCCAGUUUAUAUGCUGGGCAUGCCAUUCUCUGGUGUGGAAUAUCCUUUUGGUCAGUCCAGGUCACCUGUCCUGGCCGUGCUUCCCUGCUAUUUUGUUUAUCUACAUAUUCAUUAGUAGAGAAUAGGACCAAAGGAAACCAAAAAACAAACAAACCCAAAAAAAUAAAAAAUAAAAAAAAAAAAUUAAAAAAAGUUCCCAACUUAUUGAGGAAAAAUUAACUCCACCUGAGCCAAAACCUGAGCACUUAGCAACAGGUUUUGAAUUAUUUUCUAUGGUACAAAGGAAACAAAAUUCAGGCACCCAAGUCUGCUAGCUAGUUCCAAUAAUAGCAUAAAAGGUCAUUUUUCCAAAUGGAAAAUGGAUGUAAACCCAGGCUUUCAGGAAUAUAUGCUGUGUCAUUAUUAAGAAAUAUCUAAUUGCAUUAAGAAGCAGCCAUUGCUUUUAAAAAGACAGAGACACUGUUUUGUUAGAACAAAACAAACCCAAGAAAGCCUUAUCACAAAGCAGCAUGAACUACCUGUGAAAAUAAAGUUUGUAGUUCAAACUGA